AGCCGUAGGUGUACGACCCAUGUCCGUGGCUCGAUUGUGUUACCUGUCGAGCUUACCAUGCUUCAUGGAGAUAUCGCUAGUGGAAAGUUUCGUCAGACGAAAGUGGUUUAUUGCGCGCGACCGUUCACUGCGGCUAAAUCGUCCGAUCCACCGGCCAAUUGUCCGAGCAACGUGUCUACAUAGUGGAAACCGUAUACCGUGCGCGCUAUAGUGGACAGUUUGGCGGAAAAUACGAAUAGGGCGGAGGGUGUCGCCUGUUUCUGUGCUUUCGGUGGCGAGCGAUCCUCGAGCGGUAGUGGUUGGCCAUCUUCGUUCUCCAGAAGAGGAGCCUCUAAAACGAUCAUCCCAGACCUAGGAGCUAAAGACUUUCAUCAGCGAGUAACUCAACAAGCAAGAGACGUGUGAUUCAUACCAGCGUUUCUUAUCUCACCAACCGAGCAGUCGCGACCGGAAAUUCGGAAAAGCGUUAGAGAGGAAGAGGGAACCUUAAUUUUCGCGUUCGCAGCUGAACGCUGCAGAUUCGAGCGUGAUUCGCUUAGCGAACGGCGGCGAGAGGUAAAAAAAACGGCGGGGAUUCACGGGGUAGGGACACGAAGAGAGUGAUCUAGAGUGGCCCAUUUCCCUUAUCACGAUAAAGCGUGGUGCUCUAACGGUAGUAGUUGUCCGGAGACCGCCGCACGGUGACGGUGCACGAAGCUCCACGCGGCUUCGCUUGGGCCGUCUUCUCAGGGUGGUGACUCAUUUUACCACGCACAGAUCAGUCUGCCAGUGAAUUGUAGCCGCGAUGUAUCGAGGAACCGGCACGGGGUCGUCGCCGUCCAUGUCCUCAUCAGCCUCACCGUCUUCUUGGCCGACUGAGUGAAAGACCAGAACCGCGCUCACGCAAGCACGCCCAACCACCUACUCGUUUCCGGCCCCAUCGUGUCACCGUCUCGCGGAACAUGGACGUGGAACUGGUCACGCGAGCGUCCUUGAACUCGCUGCAGGUGGUGGACGACGGACGGAUCGUCUCGCCGAACAGUCUUGACGAGUGGACGUGGUCUAGCUUGAGAAAACAGUUCAAAUACAAGAGCCUAGAGAAGCUGUUCACGGUUUACCAGAGGAGGUUUCAGUAUGGUUAUCUGUCGCUCUUCGUUCUACUACAAUUGGCGCUUGGUAUCACGUAUUGUUUGAUCCUGGUCACGAUGGUGAGCAUCGAGAAUUGCGUGCCAGACGUGGUCGUCUGCAUCGUCGGCAGCGCAUUGCUGUGCCCGGUGAUAGCCCUGUCCUUUCGCUCGAAGAUCAUCGCUAAGAACACUUACUUACCGGUGAUGUUGUCCUGCCUGAUCGUAGUGUUACUCGUGAUCGGCGACCUAGCUGUACCGAUGUACUACACGCUCACUUACACGGAGGAAACACGACCGAUAAGACCUGCGUACGCGACCCACGCGCUGUUAGCCUGCUACGUCUUCCUGCCGCUCACGGAGAAUCUGCACGCUUUCAUCCUCGGGAUCACGGCCACCCUGUGCUACCUGGCCGCGCUCUCGUUAAUCACUUACAGAAACACGUCCGAUUACGUUACCAAGAUAAUCACAGACACGAUAUAUUUUAUUUGCGUGAAUGGCCUAGGAUUGUACUUCAGGUUCAUGAACGAGGUCGUCAUCAGACGGUCGUUCCUCGAUCGCCGGAAAUGCGUUGAGUCGACGCUGAGAUUGAACUACGAGAAGGAUCAAGAAGAACAGCUCACGCGGAGUAUAUUGCCGCAGCAUAUAGCCGCCAAAAUUAAAAAAGAUUUCCGUGAUAUAUUUAAAUUUAUCGAAGAGCACAAGCAACCACCGCCCAAAGGACGACCUCACAGUGAUCUAUGCGUCGAGACGCACAACGAUGUAAGCAUUCUGUACGCCGAUGUGGUGAACUUUUCUGGUCUGACAGUUGCUCUGCCAGUCCGGAAGCUAGUAGAAACACUGAACGACUUGUUCGGCAGUUUCGACGAGGCUUCCGAAAGGCACAACGUUCUGCGGAUCAAGUUCUUGGGCGAUUGUUAUUACUGUGUGAGCGGCGUGCCAACGCCGAACUCCCAACACGCGAAAAGCUGCGUGGAUUUGGGGUUGGACAUGAUAAAGAUAAUAAAGGAGGUGAGAGCAAGGGUACGCCGUGAGAGUGGCGUAGACGUGAACAUGCGGAUAGGAGUCCAUUCGGGCAACAUAAUAUCCGGUAUCCUAGGUGCCAACAAGUGGCAGUAUGACGUUUGGUCACGUGACGUGGUUAUAGCUAAUAAAAUGGAGCAAACGGGGAAGCCCGGCAAGGUGCACGUUACGCAACAAACGUUGGAUCUCGUGGACGCGGCCGAGUACGAUUGCGUGCCGGUCGAAUCCUUGAACGACGAGAUUCUAAAGAAGUAUAAAAUCCGUAGCUACUUGAUCACGCCUUUGCUACCCGACGACCCGCCGCCCGCGCAGAACAGCGAGAACACUUUGACGGUCAUCUCUCCGGACUCCUCCCCGGUGGCUAACAAGCAUUACGUGAGAUUUUACAACGUUCGGUCUAGCAGUGUGAACGCCGGAUCCAGGAACAGCAGACGGUUAACGGCUACCAUGAACAACCACGUCGACGUGCUAGCCAGCACUUACAGGCGGCGUACACACUUUAUGGACUCCUGCUUGAAGGAUUAUCAUCUGAUGCUGAAGGCUGCGGACGCUGAGAUGGAGACUGCUAUUCAACAAAUGCCUCUCACCAAGUGGGAACAAUGGUGUAAGUGGGAAGAUAUAAACCCCUUGCUGUUAACGUUUCGCCAAUGGAGCUGGGAGAUACCAUUCCUGAAGGAACCGGAUCCCCUUUUUAAAUUUUACAUUUGCUCCGCCGUUUUUGUUCUGAUCUUUAUGGGACUCAUGUACUUGGUACCUACGCUUUCUUAUGCAGAGUGGCACGUGAGUACGGCGAUUAGUUACUCGGUAGUGAUGUUGUUCUUAAUCAUUUUGAUGCCUAUCGCCUGGAUGCAUUUCGCCUGGAAUCGGUACAAGGAUCCGCACGACGAGCACGAAGGUCAAGUUCCUCAUCCGCGUAACAAAAUCCUGUGUUUCUUGUAUCAGAGCAGUGUGAAGGUUGUUUGGAGCGCGUAUCUCAGAACGAUACUCUAUUUAGUCAUAACGAUCAUGUUAGCUGCGUGUGCCAUGUUUGAUAUGAUCUUCGAAUGCGAAAAUGUGAACGAGCUCGUAAGCAACAAUAUAACGUCGAGCAUAAUGGAACCUAGCGCUGCUAAACUCGAUUGCACAGCUGCACCCUGGCAAAUGACGCAAACCUGUUCCCUGGCAAUCCUAACGAGUUUUUUGUUUCUGAGAGUCCAUUAUAUCCUAAAACUAGUAAUAGGUACCGCUGUAGUGGCAUUUUAUUCAGCGAAUGUGUGGAUACAUCGUUCGAAUUUAUUUCAGUCUGGUGAAAGGUUCAGUCCACAUUUAGAACCGAGUGUGGCACACAUUUUAAGCGUAGUUUUCCUUACAUUUUCUUUGCAUCUCAUUGAUCGUCAGGCGGAGUAUUUGAGCAGGCUGGACUACAUUUGGAAACGACGAUUAACGAAAGAACAGGACGAGGCAUUCCACACAAGGAACGCUAACAAACUACUGCUUCGCAAUAUCUUGCCAGAACACGUCGCGGAAUUCUACUUAAACAUGAACAGAACCGAGGAAAACGAGCCAUACCAUGAAGCUCAUAAUAAUGUGGCAGUGAUGUUUGCCUCAUUGACAGACUUGAGCAUAGAUGAAAGUAACAUUCUGGCAGACCUCAACGCAAUCAUUUGCGAAUUUGACAAAUUAUUAUUUCAAUCUCCAUUCGUUUGCCGAAUCGAAAAAAUCAAGAUCGCUGGUACUACUUACAUGGCAGCUUGUGGAUUAGAAGCCAGCCGGCGCGAUUCAAUGUAUAGUGCAGAAAGCGAUGAAGACUAUUGUGACAAUGUAGUCAAAGUGAUGGCUCAAUUUGCAGCUGAGAUGAUUGCAGUUCUUGAUAAACUGAAUUCCAGGCUUUUCUAUACAUCACAGCCUUAUAGAAUAAGGAUUGGAAUAUCUCAUGGUGAGAUUACAGCAGGUGUAGUGGGUGCUCAAAAGCCGUUGUAUGAUAUUUGGGGGGACGCUGUAAAUAUGGCAUCAAGGAUGGACACCACGGGUCUUCCAGGAAAGAUACAAGUCACGGCAGAGACUGCGGCAGUUCUCGAGCAACAGGGCGUCAAGUGUCACCUUCGAGGAGAAACGUACGUGAAACCAAAAGGUUACGUGACAACGUACUUUGUAGGCAUAGACGAGAACCGAAAGCUCCAGCGAACUGACUCUAUUGAAGAGACCAGCCUGUGAACCUGUUAUUAAACUGACAUUUAACAGAUCAACUUGCUUUGGCUACAGUCACUACAGUGGCCAAUGAACCGUGUAAAGUGAGAUAUUAGGUAUCUAGGUGAACACAGAGACGGACAGAAGAUAAACCAAAGAAAAUCCGAAAGACCAAAGAACUGGCGAGAAAUGCAGUUGUCGGCUGUAAUUCUAUGUGGAAUACCUCAAAGCUUACUCAAGCGAUCGGGUUGCAAUCAAACCUGAUCGCUGGCCAAGUGAUACACACUUCCGUUGCAUGAGAUGAAUAUAACAUUUUAAUAGUGUCUUUUUAUGUGAAAAUCGAUGAAUGAUUUUAUACAACGCUGUGAUUUUAUGUGCAACCAUUGCGCGUCAAAGAAAUCUAGUAACAGCGUUUUCCAAUGUGUAGUAAUACCACUUUCCAUGCAAUUGUGCUCCUGUGUAGAAACUAAAAAGUCGAUAUUGCAAUUACUAAAUGUUACAUUAUGUAAAUGAUUAGGGCGUUUAUAAUGUACAUAAGCGUGCAAGUGUUUAAACAAUGACACUUGGAAAACGCUGCUCUAAACGAAGCACAAUCCAGUUGAAAGUACGAUAUAACAAUCAGUGAUAAAACACUUGCGUGAGCGGUAAUUAUGUUGAAUGUGAAGAUAGGAGAAGGAUAUUAGUCGAUGUUUAGAUAUUAAAACAGUACCGAAUAGUAGAAAUAUUUAAAUACUUCAAAUACAAUUAUUACGUGACAAUUUGAAAUAUAAUUUCGUUCUAAUUGAUAGUACUUGGUUGAAAUUUGAAUACUCAAAUAUGCCGAGUCAAAAUGUAUGCACCCGAAUUUAUUUAAUUGAUUUACAUAACAUUUAAGAAUUCAGUCAACUAAUUUCUUUUCUUCCCUUCUCCUUUAUUCUGACCGUUCGCAUGAAUCAUUUUCUGCAAUCGAGAAUUGGAUAUAGUGUUUUUGAGAGAUAAUCAAAACAAAUAUGAUUGUUUAUAUCGGUGCAUGCGAAUGAUAAUGACGUUUUUCAACUGUAUGUUAAAUGUAUGUAUGAUAAUGUACCGUGAUCGGUAAAAAAAAGGUAGCUAGUUCAAGAUAUUUAUUAAUGUAAACUCCUGCGGGAUCAUGACAGUGGACGAAUGUUUUGAAAAUCCAUCCGUAAGGCAUUAUUCGUGAUAUAGUUGCAAAUUUGUAUUAUUGAAGGUGCUGGUAGACCCCAAGACAUAGCCUUAAUCAUCUGGAUAACUUUAAGCUUUUUUUCAUUCAUAUCGAAGAAAAAAAUUUCAUUCAAACACGUUCAUUUAGACUAUUAUAAUUUCAUUUACAAUUUCUUUUCUCCAUGGCGUAGGUUUUUAUCAUUGUUUUUUAAUUUGCUUCGCGAAAAUGAAUAUGAAAAUUUUUGCUUCUUAAAUGGAAAUAUUCCUUACGAUCAUAACUUUAUUUUCGUAUCAAUUUGCGAAUUUCAAUUUUAAUUUCCUAAAAUCAUUUUCUCUUAUGACGAUAAACGCACUCGGAAAUGCAAUACAUGGUCGUAAUCGUUAUGUAUUUUCAUUUCGCAUUUUAGGAAAAUAGCACAAGAAUUUUUUUAUAAAGUAAUUAAAACAUUUUUUAAAUGGUUAAUUACAAAUAAUCUUAUACUGUAAUUUAUAUACGGCACCUAUCAUAAAGUCUCCUCCCUGCUCGCAAAUAAACCAUUGUUUUUAUUUUUCUAUUGAUUACAUUAUUGGCGUGGACAACGCUCCUUUUUUCCGUGUAAAUACUUUUGUAUAUAUAUUUUUUAACUGUUAGAAGUAACGACCAAUGUGAUUUUUCUGACGAUUUGAACAAAGUAUUUAUUACUACGCGUAUAAGAUACAAAUGUAAUUUGUAAACAAGCAUGGGAGAGCGUUGUAAAACAUUCUUCGAUGAAAUAUUUCUAUGAUCGAAUAAAGAAUCUUAUAACACUAAAUAUUUGUCUAA